AUGGGCACCACCGACCACGAGACCGCUGCCGAGGCUAUCGCGGUCAGUGAGGACGAAGCAGGUCUCCCGCUGAAUGCCGAGACGGCCACCCCGGGCCCCGUCGAGAGCCUGGCUGCCGUCGCUAAGGCGCUUGACCCGGUCACCGCCAGCCAGGGGACUACUACGGUCUUUGUAAAGCCAGCGACCUUUGAAGUCCUUCAAUCGGCGGGCGACGAUGAACCGGACUGGUCCGCGGACGAGGAAGAGCCGGUCAUCGUCCAAGCGAUCCCGGCGGGCGAAGACCAGACUGAGGCAGGCCACCGGGAUGAGGCUUCUCCGCGGCGCGUUUCGCGCCCGGAGCUUGCCUCUUCCUCAAGUGCGCGAGCCGCUUCUGUCUCGCGCGCCGGAGAGGCUGGAGAGCUGACGAGCCGGACGGCUACUCGAACGCGUUCGGAGUCUCCGAAGGUCCGCUUCGGAACAGCACACCUCCAGCUGAUCCGGGAAAUCGCCCAGGCCGACUCCGCGAACUUCAAGAGCCUUAAGAAGGUCGUCGAAGGGAGCAAUGUGUCGGCCCUGACUAAGAGCCAAACCCUGGACCGCCUGGAGCAGCUGGCUUACCAGCGUGGGGUGGCCUCGCUCGAGGGGAAGAUACGGGCUAUCGAUGUCCAACGAGACGUCGCCCAGCGAGCCCGUACAGAGGCGGCGUACUUGGAGUCCCUCACUCCCGAAAUGAGGGCCUUGGAACAGAACAACCCAGUGCGACCUUCCGCCGGAGCCUCGAAAACCUCAGAUGUGCGGAUGCAACAGGCCAUCGCAGCAGGGGGGUCCGUCUGGGUCGAGCGCCGCAAACAAAAAGGCCGCGAACGGGCCGCUCGACACAGAGAGGCUCAAGCGGCGCAGGCGGCUGAAGAAAGGGCGGCGGCCACAAGUGUGAUCGCAGACUUGCCAGUCGACCAAAGAGGGCCAGCCCUAGAUGCCGAAAUGGACAGGCGGGCCCGCGAGGAACUUACUGAGUUUCGACGAAUGAAGCGAGAGCGGCAGAAAGACUCCAAACGCCGAGCCGCGCUCAAAUGGCAAAGAUGGCGCCAGAGGCGCUCUACCGAUGACAUGGACUGCGAUACCAACCAUGCUAUCGCGCACCUGGGGUCCGCCGACCGGGGUGAAGAAAGCCCUGCCCCCGCGGCGCGUUUCGCGUUCGGGGAAGACCCGGUGGACUGCGCCAUGCAUCGGGGCGAUGGAGACACCCGCAGCUGCCCCAGUGCUGCUGGACGUGGGGACGGGCACCUCGGCCGCUGCGCCGACGCCGCUGGCGACUCGCCCGGCGGGGAAAAAGGGGGGUGCACGGCUUUAGGACCAGGGGCGUAG